AUGGCAAGUCCCAUAGGUUUGGAGUGUACUGAGGGCUGGGUGUUUGCCGUUGGAGUUAAAGUUGCCCACCAGUCUGAAACAAUCAAGACCAAGUUAGAGGAACGUGUCCAAUCCGACGAUGGCGACACGAUUGUGCCUUUGCCCUAUGUGAACGCCAGAACUUUGAGAAAGAUCAUUACUUGGUGCGAGCAGCACCAGAACGACACGCCAGUGAAAGAGGAUGAUGCCAUGGAUACCAAAGAAAGAAGUACUGACAAAAUGGAUGCCUGUGGCAUGGAGGAUUUGAGAGUUGACCUAAAAACCCUAGUUGAGCUCAUCCUAGCUGCCAAGUACUUACAGAUAACGGGUCUUCUGCAUGUCACCUGCAAGAAAUUCCUCAACAUGACUGUUGAAGAGUUAGCGAAUGUUAAUUCCAUUGUGCUUGAUGUUACUGCGAAGCAGGAUGCGUACACCCGCGACUUCAACAAAUUGUUUAUGGUCGACCUCAUCUACACUCCACGAGGGUAA